GUCAGUGCAUCUAGUUACUGGCAGAAGGCUGAGGAACGCAAGUCCCGGAGCUUAUAUCAUGAUGUCUUGAGCGUGCAAGGAGCAUGAAAUUUUUUAGACUAUAGCCAACUUCAGCUGCAGUUUUCCACAAUGGAUGAUAGUGAUAGAAAAGAUGCUGACAAGCUUAUUAUAGAUGGAGAAGAGGAAUCUGAAUCUUUACUGAGCCUAUCAAAGAGAAAGCAAGAACAAGGAAACAAGGCAGCCAUAAGUCCCCCCUCUAAGAAGUCGAAGUUAGAAAAUGGGUCCUCGGAGGAAGGCCAAGAGGCGGAGGCUAGGCAAGAGGAAGAGGCCACAGAAGAAAGUGAGCCAUCUAGCCUAGUAAUACUAGAAGAUGACACAGUAGAUUCUGGAAAAGGCAGGCAUCUGGCGGAAUCUUCUGUAACCGAAGAUGAGGAAGAAAGAUCACUGGAUAGUGUUACAAGGGACAUAAUAGCCCAAAACGUAGAAAAUAUUACUACCCCUGAAAGACAGAAAGGAAGAGACACCUCCCCACUGACAGAAAUAGAAGAAUUAGACAUCCCAGAAGAGCUUAAAAAAGGUGUAAGAACAGCAGAUGGGCUAGAUAGGGUAGUAGAAGUAGGCAAAGCAGUAGAAACAGUGCAUGAAGUAUCCUCCAGUGCAGAGACAGAAGUUGCAUCUCAGGAAGAAAGUGAAGUCCUCCGGAGGCAGUUCACGCAGGAGAUCGUGUUGCCGAAAGAAAGCGACAUUUUAAAGGGAGAGAACACCGAUGGACUGGCUCGUCCCCUUACCACUAAGGAGGAAGAAAAGCUUGGGCUUUCUGGCUUAUUCGAAGGCAGGAGCUUAGAAAACAGCUUGACUGAAGGGUUGGACAGUAACAGGGAAGAAACUGUAUUUAACCAAGACAAUGCUGUUUGUGUAGAAACUCAUACCAAAGUAGAACAGCCUGUCUCUGUAGAAACUACCAAGCAGAAGAAGAGGAAAGGCAAGAGGAGGGAGAAGAAGAGAGCUGCAGAAGGCACAGAAGAUGGAGCUCCCAGGAAAGAUGUGAGACCAAAUUUCUUUGUUGGAGUGAAAAUUUCCAAUGCUGAAAUUCAUCAAGCCAUUGUCAAGAUUCAAGAAGAUCUGAUAGCCUUUGAGCCAAAAUUUGCACGAGCACUAAUUGACGUGGCAACCUCACACCUCACUCUCCUGGUCGCACAUAUAGACAAUGAGGAGAAGCUUUGCUUAGCUAUAUCAGCUUUAGAUGAGUGCAAGAAAAAGCUAACAGAUUUCACUACAGAGCCAGUUCAUUUGACAUUUUCUGGAGUUGGACACUUCUCAAACCAGGUUGUGUAUGCCAAAUUGGUAGAAGACGAGCAUUACCAUAGGCUGUUGACCUUAGCUACAGAAGUACGGCAAGUUUUCUCUAGCAUGGGAGUUUGCAUGCCCGAUGUGAAAGACCUCAAUCCUCAUCUCACCAUCGCAAAGACGUCCAAGGCACCUCACAGAAAGGGCAAGCAUUUCCCACGGAAAUUUGAUCCUUCGAGUUACCAGCAGCACCAAGAUACUCACUUUGGCUGUCAGUAUGUGUUUGGCCUCCAGCUCCUCAGCAUGAAUAAACCAAAGGACAAGGAGCGUAUUACCACUGCAGAGAAGAGAUUAGUUUUGAGCUCAACUUUACGGAAAAAACAAACCAUACUGUUUGCUGCUUCCCUAGACGACCUCUCCAGCCACCUGAAAAUGGUGAGAAGCAGCGUAAAAGGGACUCUGACUCUAAUCCAAACUUAUUAUCAUCCCUUGCUGUGUUUGUGACAUGUGCCGCUGCUGCACUAAUACUUGCUGUGGCCAUAUCUCGCUUCAGACGCUAAAGUUGGAAGUGUUAAGCAUGUUGUGGUAUGCGAGAAUUAGAACAGAGCAGUGAAAGAAAGAAGCAUUUAUUAGAGACAUAAAGCUUCAAAUUAUUUUAAGGAAAAAGGAUGAAGGGUAAUGUGUGAAUGCUGUAGACAUCUGUGAGAUAUUACACAGAUAUAGCAUUUCAGUCAACACACAGAUUUUUUAUAUUAUUAUUAUUAUUAUUAUUAUUAUUAUUAUUAUUAUUAUUAUUAUUUAUUAUUAUUGUAAUAUGAAAGCUAUUGUUUUUAUCAUCAAUUUAAAAGAAAUGUCCUUUUUUAUUUUAUAAGUAUGUUGUUGUUAAUUUAUGUAUGGACAAGGGUAUAUGUACAUACAGUGGAUAUGUUUACAUUCUUUCUUAAAGGCAAGGGAGUCUCCCAAUUUUAUGGUUCAAUACGAUACUUGAUUUUUUUGUGUCAGUUUGAAUGUUUCAGAUACGUGCUUCUGACAUUUAGACCUGUAAGAUGCUAUAUCAAGCUGGCAUUUGGUAUGUUUCUCAUAAAUUUUUCAAUAUUGUAGGCAAUACAAUUGCUCCAUUUUCUUAUAUAUGCUUUCAGACAUGUAUUUUGUUACAGGACUACUUUUUGUCUGUGAACAAUUAAAUUGAGAACUUUAAGCACUCCAUGUUGAAAUGUAUAAACUGUUAUGAUGAAAGUGCAGACCAACCUUUAAAUGGCUUUGAAAUGGAGAAUUUAUUACUUUGUUGUAUUCCCUUUAGGCUGCAAAAACUUUUCUAUGUAUUUCAUUGUUUUAAUACAAAGCAACAUUUU